AUGCAGAUGCUAAUGGUGAAAGCUUCAAAAGCCUACGUUAUCUCAAAUUCUAGUUCAGAUUCCCUCGAUUUUAUUCUACAAGAUUCAUCUUCCUUGUAUCUUCCCGAACCAAGUGCGCAGUCACUGACAGCGAUCGCACAAGCGAUGGGAGCGGCGGGCUUCGAAGACUACACGGAGGGAAAGAAACUCGUCAAGCGGCUGAUACCGGCUGACAGACAGCCCGACCUUGACGUUGUCGAACAUAUGGGUGUAAUAGGUAAGGCAGGUGUUGACUUUCCAGCUCUUCCCAACAUCCCCAAAACCGGAUUCAACUGUAAGAACGUGCCAACGGGUUAUUAUGCUGACUUGGAAACCGAUUGUCAGGUAUUCCAUAUUUGUGACACGUCACGCAAGAUAUCGUUCUUGUGUCCAAACGGCACCAUCUUCAGUCAGUCGCAUCUCAUUUGUGACUGGUGGUUCAAGGUGGAUUGUGCAUCCGCACCGGCUCUGUACGAGGCUAGUGUAGAGUACUACUCCAAUGAACAAAAGAAGUCUCAGAAAGUAGGAAGAACUCUCUCCAAGAACCCUAAUUACCAAAAUGUCGGUGACGAUUCUCACGUUCGAUCUGAAUCUAGAAAAGCACCUAUACCCUCAACUACAGAAAAACUUCUAAGACAAUCCCAAAAGUUACAAAAUAAUGGACCUGUACCCACUGAUGUUCCUACGACCGGAAACUACCAGACAAUCUUUGAUACAAAUCCAACGUAUGCUACAACUGAAUUUGAAAAGCGGAAAAAGAACCUCGUUCAGCUUAUUUCAAAUGAUUUCAUUAACCAUCCAUCUAAAACAACUUUACCUGUAUACGACUCAACAACCCGCAAAAGUACUCAACCGGUUUAUGAUCAUAACAGCUUGAGGGAAAUGCAAGUAGCCGCGGAAACAGCUUCUUUUGCCCAAAACCAAAAUCGACAAUUUUUACAAGAAUAUAACAGUAAGAACCUCAGACCAUAUCCUGUAUAUAAUCAUAACUUACAAGGCAAACCAUCAAAAACUAAGACGCUUACUACAUUAUAUGAUAUAACAGCCACCAAUGCUCCGCAAUAUAUACAGCAAGCAACAACAAAACGACAAACUUUAGUACCUUACACCAAAAGUUACACAAUUAACGAUAAUCGUGAACCUUACACAAGGCCAGGAGUUUCACUACUAAGAGAAUUCCUAGAGAAGGAAAAAAAUAAAACUCUGCAAGCUACAACUGAAAAAAUUGCGGCAAUACGAAGCGAUAAACAAAAAAGCACAAUAAAAACAGAGAAGAAAGUGGAAAUAGAUAAUAAAAAGAGUUUUGAAUCUGCUACUAAAAUACCAUACACAAGUAAAACCGUUGGACAAACUGAAACUAUUUUAAACGUGGAACAAUGGCACUCUACUGAACCAACGACGGAAAUGUCGUAUAAGGAUCGUAGGGAGAGAUUAUUAAGAAAAAUUGCAUUAGAUAGGAAGGACGCAGAAACAACAACACCAACUAUUGUUACGGAAAAAUAUUAUGGUAACCAAUCAAAUAGACCCGGGCUAGUUGUACCACCGUCACUAACUCCUAAAACGCUUCAUUCGCUAGCUAUAUAUUAUGCUACAGCCUUAGAUAAUUUUGCUACGACACCCACACCUGAAGAUACCGAAACAACCACGAAUCCUAUGGAUGUGGAAGAAAAAGUUACGGAAGGGUUGCCAGCUUUGUUUAGCAAGCAGACGAUUACCAAAUACAGUAAUCUCUUUGGACAUGGAACAGGAAACGCUGAAAUGCUCGAAGACAUUAAAAUAGACCCAAAUAGCUCGAUUAAUGAACUCGCAGAAGAUCUGUCAGCACAAAUGAGUCAAGGACCGCUAGCUUCAUCCCCACAAAUUAGAGAAUUAGCUCAAAUAUUUACACAUGCACUCUCCGCUUACCUACAGGAUCCAGUAAAAUUCAGAAAAGUUUUAUCAGACAUAAGACCGACACAUCCAUCUUUUUCUGAUAUGUUAGUUGAUACAGACGAUUCAUUAAAUACAGAAUCUACUACCACAGUCAACGAAGAAGAUGACGAAAUACUUGGAUUUUCCGACGAUAAUAAAAUAAGAGCAAUAGAAAACUCGUUACGCAGCGGAAAAUCAAUAAAUAUUGCCACUGAUUAUCCAACUACUAUUGAAGAUAUAACUACAACAGUUAAACCAACAACAGAAAUUGAAACCACUACAACACCAAGGAGUCCCUUUAGAUGUUGCGGAAGAAUAUCAGCUUCUUACACAACUGCCCCAACGCCCAGGAACCCGUACUUUACUUCAAUUUCAUCUAAUAACUUUGCAGCGGGCAAAAUAAAUUCAUUAGCUAACUAUAAUACUGAGACCCCCAGAACUGAAUACAUCAAUACUAAAAUAUCAAACGGAUAUUUUAUGAAUUCCAAUAUAAAACAACUACCAGUAACUGAAUCUCAAUUUUCCAAUGAUUAUACUGAAACUACUACCUUGACAACAGAAUCAGAUAUCGACAUUUUUGAUUCCACUUUUUCCCCGAUAACUAAUUCACAUCAGUCAUUUGAAAGUAAGAAAAUAAAGACGACGACAAGUAUACCGGAAUCUACUGGUAAAAACUUCGCUGAGACUGAUAGUAUUGAACUAGAAAAUGAAGAAGAACUUCAAAGAGCACACAGUCAGUCUUUUGUUACUCCUCAAGCAAAUAAUAUCCGUAAAGGAAAACAAUUAAAUCAAUUUAUAAACAAAGAAUUAAAGAAACCUGCUGAAGAUUUAGAAGCGCCGACUCUAGCAUCAAUAGAUUCAACGACAACUGCACCAACUACUACCCAAGCCACUGUUUCAACUCUUUCAGACCAAACUCCUACUUUAACCACCGUUAAUCCUUCACAAACUAGUGUAUUUACUUCUCCAGAUAGUGAAAAUAACAAUAAUGACUUCCAAUGGCCAACUACUUUUGGUAAUUGGCAAAGCACAAUCAUCGAUCCCAUCACCCUUAACGAUGGCUUAAGUUCUACCGGACCCGAGCAAGUAGUGUCUGAAAUAUCUCAACAAACUAACGAAUGGCCAUUAGAGGCUGCGACGACUCAAUCUACAUUCACAUCAACCAACGAACCCGUCUCCACGACAACUGUUAAUGUAGAAAUAACAACGAACAUCAAAAAUGAUGAAAGAUUUGGUAGACUUCUUUCUGACCCCUCAUCGACUGAAGCCUCUCAGGAUAUAUCCACUGUUACAGAUACUAUCGUAGAAAAAGCAAAGGAAAUAAUGGGAGGAAUGAAUUCAACAACGACGCAGAAACUCAUGAAUGUCAUGAGAAAAACGAAAUCAAAGACAGUCAAACGUUUAAUUCUCCUUUUGGUGCAAACUUGCGAUGACGACCACAAUUCGACAGCUGAAGCUUCAAAGAAAGCAUUGCUGGAGGCUCUGAUGGCCGUCUCACAGAAAGAUAUGGAAGAAAUAGAAAAAGAAGAGGAAUCAAUAGAAACGCAUUCAACGGUGCCUUUACCUGAUGUACAAACAAAGGAGUUCGAACGACGAAUGGACAGGAUUCAAGUGGAACCUAGACAGAAUAAAAAUCUAAAUAUAGAAGCCGAGGAAGUAAACUCCUUAUCAACUCCCACCACAACUGAGAGUUUAAAGAUAGAAGAAACACAAACAACACCAGUCACUACAGCUAGGACUACACGAACGAGUCGAAGAGGGAGCAGAAAAUAUUCGUUUUCUACAGAAACAGAACAAACUCAUACGACGGCGGGAGACCGACCGCUCGCUGAGGCGCGGACAGCUCCAAGAACAGAGGUCAAGCCACAAUCAGACACGAGGGCUUUAGAACUAUUGAGAUCACUAUACACCAUCACCGCUAGAUGGGGCUAA